GUCUUUGUUGUGUGAUUUUAUACUCAUACUUGUUAAAUGAUACCUAGUUACUAUUAUUUCUGUUAGUGUUGUUUAAAAAAGUUUAUCUUUAUGCUUGUGUACGUUUCCUAGUAUAUUGUCAAAUAUUUAUUAGAUCAUUUGUGGCUACGCCGUAAAACACAUAAGACAACAACAAAUUAGGUAGUAAACGGUACUUUAAUAUGUCCCAGUUUAAGUUUUGGAAUGACGUUAAUAGUUUACUGACUAUGGAAGGUCCUGUGAAAGGACCUGCACCGCGGUGGCAACGAAAAAAAGAAGGUGGUUCAUCAUCAAAUUCUAGUUUGAAUAAUUCAUCGAAAUUACGCUCUUUGUCAUCUUCAGUGUUAAAUUUAACAAAAACACCGACGAAAGGUAAUGAAAAUGAUUACCAAAGAAAUAAAACGCCCUCUAAAACGCCUUCCAAAAAAUCCCGAACCCCAACACCAAACAAAGGACCAAAAACUCCUGGUGGUGACCGAUUUAUCCCUUUACGGAGUGCUAGUAAUUUUGAUUUGGCUCAUUACAAACUUACUCAGGAUGAAAAUAAUCAUAGUGACAGUCCUACACAUCAGGAAUUACAGAGAGUAUUGUCUGAAAAUCUACACGGUGCUGAUAUUAAUAAUCAACGUAUAUUAACAUAUAAAAAUAAAGCUCCAUCGGCACCAGAGGGUUUUCAAAACCCUAUGAGGGUUAUUUAUACACAAACUAAAACUCCUGCUUCGGUAAAAAGUAGUAGUCGUUAUAUACCUCAGGCACCAGAUAGAAUUCUUGAUGCUCCAGAUAUUGUGGAUGAUUAUUAUCUUAAUUUAAUGGAUUGGAGUGGAAAUAAUAUACUAGCCGCAGCUUUGGGAGCACAUGUAUAUUUGUGGAACGCAGGUACUGGCAACAUUGAUCAACUCUUGGAGUUAGAAGGCAAUGACUAUGUAUGUUCGUUGGCUUGGAUUCAAGAGGGACAUUGUUUAGCUGUAGGAACAACUAAUGGUACUGUAGAACUGUGGGACUGCUCCAGAUCGAAGAAGUUAAGGAUUAUGGAAGGCCAUUCUGCUAGAGUGGGAUCGUUGUCUUGGAAUUCCUAUAUUUUGUCUAGCGGAUGUCGUAGUGGCCAAAUUAUUCAUCAUGAUGUACGUCAGAGAGAACAUGGUGUGGCCACUCUCUCGGGACAUACUCAAGAAGUAUGUGGCCUAAAAUGGUCAACUGAUGGCAAAUAUUUAGCUAGUGGAGGGAAUGAUAAUGUAUUAAACAUUUGGCAAGUGGUUACUGGAGGCCACUAUUCUCAAACUGCGGCCUUACACACGUUUACAUCUCAUCAAGCAGCUGUUAAAGCUUUAGCGUGGUGCCCGUGGCAACCACAUAUAUUAGCAAGUGGUGGAGGAACUGCAGACCGCCACAUCAGAUUUUGGAAUUGUAAUACAGGUUCUUGUGUUAAUGCCAUAGACACAAAGUCCCAGGUUUGCGCCUUACUCUGGUCACUGAAUUAUAAGGAGUUGGUAUCCGGCCAUGGGUUUGCUAAUAACGAGUUAAUUAUUUGGAAAUAUCCAAGUAUGACAAAGAUUGCAGAACUUACCGGUCAUACGGCAAGAGUAUUGCAUUUAGCAAUGUCUCCGGAUGGUACGACGAUUCUGUCUGCCGGGGCAGAUGAAACUUUAAGGCUGUGGAAAUGUUUUACCAAGAAUCCGACCAAGACUAAGGAUGCAGAGAAAAUUAAAACUAAACCAAGUGCAUUGAAGCAAUGCAUUCGAUAGACUUUAGUGUAACGUAUUGCAACUGAUAAACUAUGAAUAAAUUAUCAUUUAUUUAG